AUGAACUACAACGAGAAGAAAGACCCCAAACUGCAAAUGAUGCCCAGCACAGCCAAUGGCCAAGCAAAACUAAAGGAGCUGGAAGCGCGGGGAAACUGGGGCAGUAAAGCCGAGUUCAUUUUAACGGUGAUGGGAGCUAUAAUUGGACCUGGAAACGUGUGGAGAUUCCCUUACUUGUGUUACAAAAACGGAGGGGGUGUGUUCUUCAUUCCAUAUGUUUUGUUCUUGGUGACGUGCGGGAUCCCACUAUUCUUCCUGGAGACUUCUCUGGGACAAUACACCAGCCAGGGAGGAAUAACAUGCUGGAGGAAGAUGUGUCCGCUAUUUGAGGGUAUGGGCUACGCCUGUAACCUUGUCAUCUCAUUCGGUGCCAUCUCCUACAUUGUGAUCUUGGCAUGGGCCUUUUUCUAUCUCUUCUCCUCCUUCAGUGCAGAGCUACCCUGGGCAAGCUGCGGAAACUGGUGGAACACUGACUCAUGCAUGGACUACAGCAAGCAGAAUCUCAGCACCAACCUGACAUCAAGACAGAAUGCCACACUACCAGUCAUGGAGUUUUGGGAGCGCAGGGUGCUGAACAUUUCCGGGGGGAUCGAGGAGAUGGGCAGCAUCAGAUGGGAGCUGGCACUGUGUCUCCUUCUCACCUGGGUCAUCUGUUACUUCUGUGUCUGGAAGGGAAUUAAGUCCACAGGCAAGGCUGCUUACUUUACGGCCACAUUCCCGUAUGCCAUGCUCCUGGUCCUGCUGAUCCGCGGUGUCACUCUGCCUGGGGCCAUAGACGGCAUCAUCUUUUACAUUUACCCUGACAUCUCUCGCCUCACAGACCCACAGGUGUGGAUGGAUGCAGGCACACAGAUUUUCUUCUCCUAUGCUAUCAGCUUGGGCUUCCUCACAUCCCUGGGCAGCUACAACAGUUACAACAACGACUGCUACAAGGACUGUUUUUACCUGUGUCUUCUAAACAGUGGCACCAGCAUUGUGUCAGGCUUCGCAAUCUUCUCUGUUUUGGGCUUCUUGACCUAUGAACAGGGGUUGUCCAUUGAAGAGGUGGCUCAGUCAGGUCCUGGGCUGGCAUUUAUUGUGUAUACUCGAGCAGUAGCCAUGAUGCCCAUGCCUCAGAUCUGGUCUGCCUGUUUCUUCAUCAUGAUCAUCCUUCUGGGUCUGGAUAGCCAGUUUGUUGGGCUGGAGUGUUUGAUGACAUCUGUUGUGGAUCUGUUCCCUACCUAUCUGCGCCGUGAGUUCAGGAGAGAGCUGCUGUUGCUGGCUAUCUGCACAAUAUGCUUCAUACUGGGGCUUGCCCUGGUCACAGAGGGAGGGAUAUACCUGCUUCAGCUACUAGACCACCAUGUGUGCAGUGGGACCACCCUGCUACUGCUUGCCUUUUGUCAGUCUGUCUGCAUUGCCUGGGUCUAUGGUGCUGAACGUUUCUAUGGUAACAUCAGUGAUAUGAUUGGCUACAGACCUCUGCCUUUGAUGAAGUACUGCUGGCUCUACAUCACUCCUACAGUAUGCGCAGCUACCUUCAUCUUCUCCAUAGUCAAGUACUCACCAUUGAAGUUCAGCAACACAUAUGUUUAUCCUGUCUGGGCUAACAUCAUUGGCUGGUUCAUUGCCACUAUCUCCCUCUCCUUCAUCCCACUAUGGAUGGUCUACAAAAUGGCCAACGGCAAUGGAACCCUGCGCCAGCGGUUCUCUGUGCUCUGUCGGCCUGUAGACGACCUCCCCGUGAACCACACAUGCAAAACAGAUGUCUCUCUUUAUCUGGCGACCUCAGACGUUGUCAGCUCCAACACGGAGCUGAAGCCUCUCUCCUUCACAACGGGGGAUGAGAACGCGCUGUAA